AUGGGCUUAGCGUUGUCGAUACUAUGUAUUGUACUGUUUACAGAAAUGAUUCUUUGGGUUGGUUACUCGCAAAUCGCGAGUUUGGCAUAUGGCGUGUAUUUGGCUCAUUUCAAAAAAGAACUGGUUGAAAAGCAGAGGCGUGUCAAAAGGGAGAUUCUAGCCAUUAAACAUGAUUUGGGAAGGACUAGUUCACAGGAUCAAUUUGCUAAAUGGGCUAAAUUGCGACGAGGAAUGGAUAGUAAAAUGAAUGAACUGGAGAAGUUAUCAAGAUCUCUGGGAUUUCUAAAAUCUUCAUUUGAAGUGAGAUUCACAACUUUCUUAUGGUUAUCUACGAGUGGAGUUGAAGUUUCAAUGAUGAUUUUCUAUCGAACGUCACCUGUGUUUUAUUUGCCACGAGGCUGGUUUAGUCCUGUAACAUGGAUGUUUUCGGUUCCAUUUGCGCCAUCAGGAUCUGUAAGCGUGACUAUGUGGUUUGUAAUAUGUCGGCAAAUCUUACGGAGAUUGGUGGCUACAGGCAAAGAAACACGCCAACUAUAUCUAAAAUAUGCGCCGGAAUCAGUGAAGGAGCAUGUGUCAACAUUAUCAAACGUUGUAAUAGAUGUGAUUAGAUCGCAAAUAAAAGCUGCAACGGUGAAAUUGAAGUUAGUAAAGGUGGAAAAGACAGCUACUCAGACGUCAGCAAAAGUUAUUACUCAGUCUCCUUCUACUAUCAAUCCAUCAUUAUCGUCUCCCUCGGCUGAAUUAACAGAAGAAACAACAGCAGGGGAGGAAGCUGGUACAAGUAAAAAUAGUAGUAUUAGUCGUACCACUAGUUCAUUAAACAUCCCUCAUAAUCAUACAUUCGAAACAAUAUCAGAAAUAGAAUCUAAAACAAAUAAUAAUAAUACAUGA